GUGACUUUUUAUAUCUUGCCAUACAAGUUAAGGGUCGGCGUCUCGUUUCGACUCGUUCGUCUCCUUCUCUUUCUGUACUCAGAAACGUUGCCACACUUCCCAAUAAAGGUACAAUCCAACAAUAAAUAUGUCGACUCCCAUUCCCAAAGGUUACGACAAGCUAGCUGCCCUAAUGACCCGCGACCCCGGGUCCUCCAUCUAUCGACGCUUUUCCAAGCUUAAUGCAAAGAACUUGCUCUAUCUCCAGGCGGAGGUCGCCUACAUCGAGAAUGAACUUCGAACUAUCAUUGUGGAGGACAAUAAAUCCGAGGAUAAGAAAUCAUUUCCAUUCUCUGUGUGGGACAUCAAGACUUCAGAGGACCCGUUUCAGUGGGAGAAGGUCCUCGAAGCACGCAAGUUAUUGAAUGAGUACAACGCAGCCUUGCUCCAACAGUACCAACUUCUCCGCCUCAACAAGCCCGAGAAAACCGACCUAGAGGUGUUUCGAGCAUGGCUUGGAGACGAAGAAUGCGGAAACAUGGUGUUUUCGCCUCCAGACCAAUGGGGUCAAGACAAUGAGAGCGACCUGGUAGCAUUAUGCAGUCGACAUGAGGAGACAGACCGUUUCACCCGGUUUGUCUAUACGCGAGUCGUUUCGUGGUUCCAUCGGGUGGCGGGGGUGAAAGAUACCAAACGGAAAGAUCUCGAAUCCGGCGUCUGGUACUACAAUGACCGAACAAUCAAAUCUUGGACGUAUGGGCUCAGCUUGAUUAUCUCGGGAUUGCUUCCUGCAACCUCUAUAAUCAUAUUGUAUUAUUUGAAGGAUCCGACGGCAGUAUUGAUUACUAUAUUCGUCUAUAACAUAGUGUUUGUUCUGGUUCUGGGGUUGAUGGUCAAGGCGAAGCGCGUGGAGAUUUUUGCGGCGGCAACAGCGUUUGCUGCGGUGCAGGUGACGAUGAUCACGGCUGGUAGAAGCAGUUCGUGAGCUGGGAGUCACACUUUUCGAUAUAGACGAGUAGAUGAAUAAUGGCAAAUUGUUUGCGAAAAGGAUGCUACGGGAAUCCUAUAAAAGGUAAAGAGG